CUGAAUACCAGAUCUAUGCACGUUGGUGUGGCCAUUGCCAAACAUCUAUGCGGAAUCGACUCUCUGAUUAUUGCUAAAAUGGACGGGACAACAAACGAACAUCCUAGGGCAAAGUCCGAUGGGUUCCCAACGAUUCUGUUCUUCCCAGCAGGAAACAAGAGUUUUGAUCCUAUGACUGUGGACGCUGAUAGAACCGUGGUGGCAUUUUUUAAAUUCCUCAAGAAACAUGCUUCAAUCCCUUUCAAGCUCCAAAAGCAGUUUCAGCACCCAAAGGGGAACCAGAAACAUUUCCAGAAACUAAGACUGGAGAAUCCAAAGAGAGCAGCAAUGGUGAUUUGAAAGCUGAGUUGUAACUUAUAAGAUGAUCAGAUG